AUGACGCUGCUUAUCCAAUACCUAAUAAAUGCGAAGCUGCCCGAUGACAAAGACGAGGCCAGACAGAUCAAGUAUAGAGUAGCCCGGUACUUACUAUAUGAUGGCUUGCUCUACAGACGAGGCUUCUCAACGCCUUUGCAACGAUGCCUGAGUAGCAGCGAGGCACAAGGAGUCCUCUGGGAGAUCCAUGAAGGAGUGUGUGUAGACUACUACACCAAGUGGGCAGAGGCGAAAGCUCUUACUUCGACCACAGAGGUAGCUUGCACCAACUUUAUGUGGAACAACAUCGUGUGUAGAUUUGGAGUUCCACAUUCGAUUGUGUCUGACAAUGGGAAGCAGUUUGACAAUGCCUCGACGCGCAAAUUCUGCGAUGAUCUGGGCAUUCAAAAAAGCUUCUCAGCUCUGAUACAUCCACAAUCCAACGGCCAAGUUAAAGCCAUCAAUAAAAUCCUGAAGUACACCCUGAAGAAAAGACUGGAUGACUUAAAGGGGAAAUGGGCUGAAGAACUCCCAAAGGUCUUGUGGGCAUAUAGGACGACGAGUCGAACAACAACGGGCGAAACACCAUUCUCUAUGACAUAUGGUGCCGAGGCGGUACUCCCUGUAGAAAUUGAGACACCGAUGCUAAGAACGGUCGUGUAUAACGACGACACUAACGCGGAGGCAAUAAAUGGAGAGCUCAACCUGUUAGAAGAAAAAAUGCUUGAUUCUUAA